AUGGGUUUUUGUGGGAGACCUCUUUCUAAUUCCUUAAACCCUUUGAAAUUCUCAGCGUCAAUAAAAAUGCCCCAAAGCACAAACCUUCGCUUCCUCCUCUCCUCAGCCAACCACCGCUAUCGCCGCACUUUCUCCGCCACGCCGCUUUUCUGCCUCCAAAAUCUCUCCUCUUCAAACUAUUUCCCGCUAUUGCCCAAAACCCACAAACCCCAUUACAGUUUUCCCACUUAUUCGUCAUACUCCAAGAAGCCGUACUAUACUGACAGCAGAAGCAACAAAAAUUCCCGCCCUGUUAGUAGAAAUCCAAGCCCAUUACCCAAGAUCGUGAACGAAAAGGUAAAUUUUAUGGAAGAAAAGGAUAAAAGUGGUAAAGGUGAGAGUGGAAAUUUUGGAUUUAAUCGAAAAAGGGCAGAGGGUAGAGAUUGGAGUGAGAGGCCCAAAAAGAAUUUGCAUUUGAAAGUUCGAAAGUUGAAUCCCGCUAACACCAUUUCUUAUGUUCAGAUACUUGGUACUGGUAUGGAUACACAGGACACAUCACCAUCAGUACUGCUAUUUUUUGACAAGCAACGAAUUAUAUUUAAUGCUGGAGAAGGACUUCAGCGUUUCUGCAAUGAGCAUAAAAUUAAACUGUCAAAGAUUGAUCACAUAUUUCUCUCACGUGUAUGUUCAGAAACUGCUGGUGGACUUCCAGGCCUCUUAUUGACUCUGGCAGGCAUGGGGGAUGAAGGAAUUGGAAUGACUGUCAAUGUGUGGGGUCCCUCCGAUUUGAAGUAUCUAGUGAAUGCAAUGAGAUCAUUCAUCCCAAAUGCUGCUAUGGUUCAUACACGAAGCUUUGGCCAUACGCCCGAUUCUAAUGGAUCUCCUAGAGGCAUUUCAAGGAAGUUUGAUGACCCUUUUGUUCUUAUUGAUGAUGAAGUUGUUAAAAUAUCAGCUGUUAUCUUAAAACCAAGUUAUGUGCACCCAAGUGACGUAAUGGGCCCUUCUGUUCCUGGGCCCAUUGUUCUUCUGGUUGACUGCCCGACACUUUUGCAUUUUAAGGAGUUGUCAUCUCUACAGUGUCUCGAGCCUUAUUUUAUAGAUACAGGUUAUGAUGUACCAGAAGGUUCCAAACUCGUGAACUGUGUAAUUCAUUUAACUCCAGCAUGCAUUACACAGACAGAUGAUUAUCAAAAGUGGAUGUUGAAAUUUGGUGCGGCUCAGCAUAUUAUGGCGGGGCAUGAAAUGAAGAAUAUUGAGGUGCCAAUUCUAAAGGCGAGUGCUAGAAUUGCAACACGUCUUAACUAUCUGUGUCCUCAAUUUUUCCCUUCGCCUGGUAUUUGGUCUCUUCAGAACUCGGCAUGCCCGCUAUCAGACUCUCAUAAGAAUCUCAUGUCAAGACCCAAUCAACUGAUCCAUGCAGAGAAUCUUCUUAAGUUCCAUCUUCGUCCCUAUUCGAUUCUCGGGCUCGACCGAUCAUGCAUACCAAGCCCAUCAGCUACCUCAUCAAUCAUCAAUGAGUUACUAACAGAAAUUCCAGAGGUUAAAGAAGCUUCCAAACAAGUAAGCCACAUCUGGUCAAACAAGAAAGAUUUUCAUAGUAAUGACAAUUCAUUAACCGAGGAGCCAUGGAUGGAUGAAAGCUCACUCCCGAGCUGUCUCGAAAAUAUAUCUCGCGAAGAAGUCGAGAUUGUUCUUCUCGGCACUGGAUCUUCUCAGCCCUCAAAGUACCGUAAUGUGAGUUCGAUUUUCAUCAAUUUGUUCUCCAGAGGAAGUUUGCUUUUGGAUUGCGGUGAAGGAACACUGGGUCAGCUUAAAAGAAGAUUUGGCGUCCAAGGUGCGGAUGAAGCCAUAAAAAACUUGAAAUGCAUAUGGAUCUCGCACAUCCACGCUGAUCACCACACAGGCCUCGCGAGAAUCCUCGCCCUAAGGCGUGACCUUUUGAAAGAAUCUCCACACGAACCAAUCAUUGUCGUGGGCCCCAAGAAGCUCAAGUUGUUUCUCGAUGCCUAUCAGAGGCUCGAGGACCUCGACAUGCGUUUUCUCGAUUGUUGGCACACCACAAAAGCCUCCCUCGAGUCCUUGGACUCUACCGAGCCCGCUGGGCUGAACUCGGGCCCGAAUUUGUUCGGAAGAGGGAGCCGCAUGGAGAGCUAUUUGAAGAUGCCGGGCAGCCCGACUCAGAUUCCGGACGCUAAGUUUUUGAGAAAUGUGCUUUUGGAGGCUGGUUUGGAAGGGUUGAUUAGUUUUCCGGUUGUUCAUUGCCCACAGGCGUUUGGAGUUGUGUUGCAAGGGGUAGAUAGGGUCAAUGGGGAUGGAAAAACGAUACCCGGUUGGAAGAUUGUGUACUCGGGGGACACAAGGCCAUGCCCGGAGCUUGUCGAGGCUUCUCGUGGGGCGACUGCGACCUUUGAAGAUGGUAUGAUUGACGAGGCCAUUGCUAGAAACCACAGCACGACUAAGGAAGCUGUUGAGGUUGGAGAUUCUGCCGGAGCAUAUAGAAUCAUACUCACGCAUUUCAGUCAAAGAUACCCGAAGAUUCCGGUGUUUGACCAAAGCCACGCGCACAACACGUGCAUUGCUUUCGAUCUGAUGAGUGUGAACUUGGCUGAUGUUCAUGUUCUUCCAAGAGUGGUGCCACACUUGAAAUUGUUGUUUAAGGAUGAAAUGAUUGUUGAUGAAUCUGAGGAUGUUGAGUUGGCCACUGCAGCAGCUUCUUAGUUAUGAAUCUCUUUUUUUUUUUAAGGGGGUUGUGAACUUGUGAUGACAAGUAUUUUGUUUUGAAUUGGUAUAUAUNGAAUUGCCAAUUAGCGUGAUUGGAUUCUGUUGAAAAAAUGAAAAAUUUGAAUAUUUAUUUG